GCUUCUUUUUAGCUAUUGGGAGCUUGUGACAUAUCCUUGAGCACGAUGGUUAUGUUGAACUGGAACAAGUCAAUAACGUCAUAUAGUCUCUGCUACUAAACGUUUUUGCCUUUGUAAGAUUUGAGCCGAUCGAUAAUGAGACGCCUGUUAAACUGUGCCGCUAAUGCAACUAAAGCACUUCGAACCAAGUGCCUGGACCUGUCUCCGUUUAAGAUGAAAAGUCACCCUCUCGUGUUGUGCUCUGCGUCUUUUCAGGGUGACAGUGUUUGCAAUGGGGCACACAGCAAGAAGGCGCUGCUGUCAGACCCGCAGUUGUUCGAUGCUCAGUUCGACGAGCUGCUGUCCGAGCUGACAGAGAGGGACAUGAACGACUCUGGUCUCACCGAUGCACUAAAAAGACUAAAAGAGAUUAUGGUCUACAACGUCCCUGGAGGGAAGAAGAACCGAGGGCUGUCUGUGAUUGGCUCGCUCAGGGAGCUUCUUCCACCUUCUCAGCUCACGCAGGACUCAGUGCAGCAGGCUCUGCUGAUUGGCUGGUGCAUCGAGAUGCUUCAGGCGUUUUUCCUCAUGGCAGAUGACAUCAUGGAUGCAUCUGUGACUCGCAGAGGACAGCCCUGCUGGUACAAGAGGGAUGGAAUAGGCCUGGAUGCCAUUAAUGACUCCCUUCUGGUGGAAGCAUCCAUCUACAGACUGCUUCGGAGGCACUGCAGGAAUCAGCCCUAUUAUGUCCAUUUACUAGAGCUGUUUAAUGAGACGACUUUCCAGACAGAACUCGGUCAGGCUCUGGACCUCAUGACGGCGCCGCCAGGUCAGAUUGACCUCAACAGAUUCACUAUGGAAAGGUAUAAAACUAUUGUCAAGUACAAGACGGCUUUCUACUCGUUCUACCUCCCUGUGGCCGCUGCCAUGUACAUGGCGGGAGUUGACAGUGAAGAGGAGCACACUAACGCCAGACACAUCCUGCUGGAGAUGGGGGAGUUCUUUCAAAUCCAGGAUGAUUACUUGGACUGUUUUGGUGACCCUGCAGUGACGGGGAAGAUUGGGACGGACAUCCAGGAUAACAAAUGCAGCUGGCUGGUGGUUAAAGCUCUAGAGGUCCUGAGUCCUGAGCAGAGAUCCCAGCUAGAGGCUUGCUACGGUCGCAGUGACGACUCCAGCGUAGCAAAGGUCAAGGAGCUGUACAACACCCUGCAGAUGCCAACGCUCUAUCAGCAGUAUGAAGAGGAGAGCUACCAGCGGCUGCAGAAACUCAUUGCUUGUCACGCUCAGAACCUUCCUCACUCAGUCUUCCUAAAUUUUGCCAAGAAAAUCUACAAGAGGAACAAGUGAGGGGCGUCUUUGUUUUGGUGUAAUUAUUAUGGGUUCCUCUUGCAAAGAAGUGAAAGUCAAGUCUGAAUGCUUUUGUAAUAAAGUUGAAGGCCAAGAGCGGGCGAGCGGUGUAAAUAUCUUGUCAUCAAACAGCCACUUUGGGUAAAGUUAUUAUGGAUAACGUGUUUUUGAUGCGAUUAGACAGAUUUGACCAACGUCUGUAUUCUUUUCUUUUGUAAAAGAUAAAUUAAAGCCUUUUGUGACUCCUAACUAGACGGUAAUAUUUAAACAGCUCGUUUUUUUGUUUUGUUUUUUUUUUGGUUGAGUUUCUUAAAAACAAAACAAAAGAAAGUAACUUUUGUACUUCUAGAAGAGUUUCACAGCUAGUUUAUCAGACAGUGACAAACAAGCAUCUAUUUAUUUAUUUUAUGCUCUUACUUGUGAGAGGCAACAGCAGUCAGGCAAAAGCAGACGCAACUGUAAUCACAAUCCCUUCACACUAGAUUAUUUUAUGUUUGUGUCGUCUUUUCUGGCUCAGAUGUAAUUUCAGUAAAUAAUUUAUGAUCAGUAUUUGCUGUAUCCUGGUAUAUUUGUGUGUGUAAAAUAAAAAUACUGUUGAUAAAG